UACUUUUCGGCGGUCGACCCGCAUCCGUCAUCAGUUUUCAAAACGCUAGCAUUGUAUUGAGUUGUAGUGGAGUUGCAGUAAUAUUUCCUUGUGGUAAACCAGCAAAAUGCAGCAAUGGAGUAGUGAUACAUGGUCUGCCUCCACAACGGCUGAUAGUCCAGUCCCAUUCUACUCAAGAAAUUCUAGUGUGUACACAACGUCUUCCAGAACAGAAGCGUCUUCCACUCAUAUAACUUCAAUUGCGAGCUCACAUCAGAUGCCGUACGCUUGUCAUAGGUAUCCGUAUUAUAAUAACUUAGAUGCGUCGACGACGUCCCUGUCAUCGGCACUAUCAUCGCCCUAUAGUGCUGAAGAGUUCUCGGCAUGGAGUUCAUUCGAUUUGGGAUCUCAGCAACGUAGCUACUCCAGUCACUUUGCUCCUGCAGCUCCCACACCUCUACCUCCUGCCAACGUUGCACCUGCAAGAGAAGCCUACCUCUCAAGUAGCGCCUACAGUCACAAUGCCGGUUUCCCAUUUAGUAUGUCUGUAAGUUCGCCUCCGUCGGGCUCAUGGGUUUCCUCGCUUACAAGUACUCCAAGAAGGACUAAGCGGCGACCGUAUACGAAGUUACAGAUUAUCGAACUGGAGAAAGAGUUUCAAGAAAAUAUGUAUCUAACGAGAGAUCGACGAACAAGGUUAGCAGAAACUCUCAAUUUAUCGGAGCGACAGGUAAAAAUAUGGUUCCAAAAUCGUAGAAUGAAGUUAAAAAAAUUGACGGAAAGAGAAAAACAAGAAAACGAACAAAUGCAACGUGAAAAGGAAGCUCUUGGCGCGAGAAUGCUAGCGGUUCAAAGGGCAAAAGCUGCACAAUUGGCAAAUUCAUGAACAAUAAACAAAAACUGAAUUAACUUCGUUGAAACAAGUGUACUAUAUAGUCAUGUCCACACUAUUAAAUUGUAUUUGACAAAAACAUGUGACAUGUAAAUAUGGUAAUAGUGACAUAUCAUCAUGGCCAUAUAUAUAAGCAAACCACGGCUAUAUACACUGUAAAAGAGCGGUGAGCAUUUAAACACAAAGCUCCACGCAAUGUUGUCCCGUUUUUGGUGACACGUUUAAAAACUAAACAUGUUUAGGUCCCGCCUAAUGUGUUUAGGUUUCUGACGUGUUUAGCAUUAGAUGUGGUAUUAGAUUAGGUAUUUGACAUCAUGAUGUCAAAUACCAAAGCACAUCUAAUGCUAAACACGUCAAGAUCCUAAAUACAUUAAGCUAUGUCUAAACACGUUUAGCUUUUAAACGUGUCACCAAAAAC